AUGACGACAAACGUAAACGUAACCACAAAUGCAACACAUGAUACGAGCUGCUUUGAUCCAAUAGCAGCAAGAACCAGGGAAACCACAGUUCUGUCUGGCCUUUUCGUAGCGUCGCUGGUUGGAAACAUCUUUAUCGGACUGGUUGUAUGCAAGACGAAAACCCCAAGAAAACCUAUUAACUUUUUCGUUCUAAACAUGGCCAUGUCCGAUCUCCUCUUUCCGAUUUUUCUGUUACCACGUAUUGUGACCAGGUUGUAUGUCGAUACCUGGUUGAUCAAAGGGCCUCUCGGCGAAGCGAUGUGCAAGAUUUUUUCUUACUCAAUCGAGGUGUCCAUUCUUGUGUCUAUACAGAGCAUGCUCCUGGUGGCUGUUGAUCGUUUUGUAGAUGUGGUAUUUCCUCUCCGUUCUCCCCUCAUCAGCUCUAAGUUGUGUUGCCUUUUUAUUCUCGCCACUUGGAUCAUCUCCCUUGCCAUGAAGUCCCCAGAUUUUUUUGCCUGGAAACUCGUCGAGAAUCGAAAUGGCCCGGCGUGUAAGCUGCAAUGGAAGGAAGCGUUUGGAGAGUCAUUGCCCUUUGAAAGCUACAUGUUGGCUUUGACCGUUGUAUUUUGGUUUAUCCCUUUGGUUUUGAUCACCACACUCUACAUCACCAUUGUGUACAAAAUUAAAUCCCAGAAGACUCAAGGCGAGCAAACAGUGAACGUAAGAGAACAAGGUUUGCAGAGAGAGAGAAAUGUUUUGAAGACGUCUGUCGCUGUCGUUUUCCAAUACUUCCAACAUAUCGCGUAUUUUUUAGCUCAAUCAAACUGUGCUAUAAACCCUUACAUGUUUUUCAUUUUUAGUGGAAAUUAUCGUCAGGGACUUAAGAGUCUCCUCAGCUAUCUGUGCAGGACUAAUCUAGUUGAACCGCCCAACGUGGAAUUGAAACACUACAGCCUGCACCAACCAGUACAAAAUUCAAAGGAACACAUUAUCUCAAGCGAGGCCAGAAACGGUCUAAAGAGUCUCCGCGGCUGUUUGUACUAG